UUAUGUAUGCAUCUCUAUUCACACUUUAUUGACGAAUGAACUAUGUACAGUACCGGUACGCUAUAUAAAAGUAAUCUUUUUGAAAAUAGGCUAUCAUUACAGUGACAAAGUGUGUAAGUGUAAGAAUAAUGUUCAAGUUACUAGUUCUGAACAUCUUUCUUCUUUUGUUCCUUGGAUGUCAACAAUCUUUAACCAUUCCUGCAACGUACUCAGUGGAAACAUUAUCAGAAAAAUUGGAUGAGCUUGACGUCACCAACAAAAUAAAUGACAAUGGAAAUAAAGGCUCUGGACAACACUUGGACUGCCAGGCUGAAUCAGGCUACAUUCAGGAACAAAUUUCACUGAUCACAAAAAUGCUGGCUGAUGGCGAACAUGUUGCACAGAAGCAGAAGGACUUGUCAGCAGCCGAUGAAACCAUACUUGUGCUGGGUAAGGCUGGCAGUGGCAAAACCAGUUUGGUCCAGUUUCUGACCGAAAAUCCCAAACUGCAGUCGAAAAAGGUAAGAUGGGAGACGUCCGAAUACAUAAUUGAAGAUGGAGAGAAAAUUGGAACAUCUGCCACUGAGUCUUUCACUCUCUAUCCUGAGCUUGUCAGCUAUAAUGCAACCAUCAACUUCUGUGACCCACCGGGAUUCCACGAUUCUCGCAGCUCUGCACAUGAGAUUGUCUCCAUGGAUGUCAUGAAGUCUGUAACCAGCACAUUCAAAAAUGUGAAGAUUCUACUACUUGAGAAAUAUGGAUCUCUACAGUAUGGCAUAUCCAAAGACAAUUUCAUGGACACUCUUAGACAUCUUAAUGAUUUCUUAGUUGAUAUUGAUAGGUAUAAAGAUCACAUUGUGCUUAUUGCAUCUAAAUUGCCUUUUAGCUAUAGAAUGCCAAAUGAAGGUGAUGAUGGUUCAGUACCUGAAUUGAUAACAGAGGAAAUGCAAAUUGAAAGCAUCAUGGAUUACUUGAAUUACACAGAGCUAUCUAUAGCUGAGAAACUUAAUCAGAAAAUUGGAAAAAGUAAGCGAGAUUUCUAUCAGAAAGUGAUAAAGCUACUGCAAAGUCUUCAAACCAGAGACAAAAAUGGCAAAGCAGCUAGAAUAAGUGUCUUCCGUCGCCCACACCAGUCAGGGUCACUUACAAGCAUGCCAUUGCUCAAUGAGAACAAGAAAUCACUCACAAAAACCAUCAUGAACUUGAAUGCUGUUGAGGUGCAGAAGAAUGACUUUGACUUCACUCUGUCAAAUGAAGCAAAAGUGUAUCUAGAAUGCCUUUUGAAACUCACAAGUGACAACUUCAAACAUAAAAUCAAUGAGCUGUCUUUCAAACUGAAUGAAUUUGUGGUUGAAAAAGUUCAGAAAUACACAAGUUUUCAUCAAGUGUUGUCAGAUUUUGAAUCAUUUCAUAAUGCUUUGAAGCAGCUAACAGAAAACCUUGAUGAGACAAGAAACUACAAUGAGUUUUUUGAGAAGGUUAAUAAUUUCAUUUCUGAACAGAGAAUAACAACAGUAGAUAUCAACUAUAAUGAACAAAUACAUGUACUUGAGAAAUAUGAGGAACUAUUACUGAAAUUUGUUGACACAAAUUCAAUGUUCAAUCCAUCAUCAUGGACCCUCCCCAUUAGACAAGUGAAAAAAUCCGCGGAAGAUGAACUGCAAUGGUACAUGACGCUUAAUAACUUCAUCAGAGGACUAUCAAGCUAUAAGAUACAGAGGAACAAGACACUGAUUCACUCAAAACUUUUCCACGACGGUUCUAUAUUGACAAAUGAGUUGAUGGAUCUAUUUGUGGAUAUCACUGGAGGAACAAAUUUGAACCAAUUCAUUGACGCACAAGGAAACAUCAGAAAAAUGUUGGAGCUUGAAAGUGUGACAAAUACAUUACUGAAACCAAGUAAUAUUACUUGUGAUGGAAAUGGGAGACUCAUAGUUGAAGGUUAUCAAAUUUGUCUUGCAGAAAUAAAUUCAAAAGAUCUGAUUCAAUCCCAUUGCAACAACAUCACUGUGAAAGAAGUUGCUCUUCUAGCUGUUGAUGCAGUUUACUUGGAUGAGGACACCGUGGAUAUCUUCAGAGAAGUGGAUAUGUUUGUAGUGGCACCUAAAUGGGAAGUGAUUGGACAAAGGAGGAUAGUGCUCAGUGGUCAGAAUGGAGCUCACCAUUCUGGUGAUGCACUUUAUGUGGACAAUGGCACAGAUGGAAGACCAGGUCUGCCAGGGGGUAAUGGAGGCAACUUUUUUGGAAUCGGUUUGCAGUUUGUGAAUGGCAAAAAUCUGCUGAUUGAGUCGAAUGGUGGGAGAGGGGGGCAAGGAACAGAUGGAGCAAAAGGAAUGAGAGGUCUUGCCGGAAGAGAUGCAGCUGAAAAAUUGAAAUCGGGACUUUACAGUCGAAGUUAUAUGUUUGAUAGUGGAGUAGAAACAGGAAGUAUGAAUAAAAGCUUAGUUCCAAAUGCUGAAGAAAGAAUUUUCAGAUUAUAUCCUCCUUAUAAAAGUUAUGAGUGUGAUGAUGUUGAUGCAGGAUUUAAAGUAAUUACAGAAGAUGGUGACUGUGGUGGUGAAGGAGGAGCUGGAGGUUUUGGCGGAGAAGCAGGAAUCGGAGGUCAACCAGGAGACCAAAAGCUGAUUCAGUUGGGUGACUCAUCUCAGAUUCAAAUGGAAAAUCAGAAUGGAAGGACUGGUACACGUGGCAAUAAGGGAAAAACUGGAGAGCGUGGAAUGGAUGGCAUUGGAAUGAUUUGUGUUCAUGUAACAUGGGUCGGUCACACUAGAUCGUACUGGAAGUGUACAUCAACCAACACUACAUCACCAGGAUGCAACUCUUGUGAUAAUCUGGAUAAUCUGGUUGAGUCCCAGUACACAACAACAGGUAUGGAACAACCAGCGCCCAAGAAAUCUCCUGAUUUCUCUUACUAUUUACUUGACUACACAGUUCUGUUGGAAUCGCACUCAAAUCACACAAUUUUCAACCAAAUUAUAACUAGUUUUAGAGAAGCCAUUCAAAGGAAAUACUCUUAUUCUUUGAAUGACUUAGGACUAUUGUUCUUCAAGUUCUCUAAAGGAGACAACACAAGAAACCUUUGAACAAUACAAAUGAUGUGAUUGAGUUGAAUACAAUUGACUCAAUCAUGAUUUCAAUAUGAAAAGUCGUUACGGAACUCAUUAAUAAAUUAUUCAACAUAUAAACUAGGCCUAUGGGAAGCCUACAAUUGUAUUUUAAUGUAUGAAAAAAAAUAUUAUAUGUAAUGAAAUAUCUUCCUGAGUAUAGACACUUAUUAUAUAUUCAUAAAUUCACAUAUUUUUCUAU